CAGGAAAUGAAUAUAAAUCUUAUAAUAAUUUAUGCCUCAGCAUCGUGUAUGCGUCAUUACAAAGACACUUGGGAUUGUUUUUAUAAAAUUCCCUAUCAGAGCAGCCAUGAUGCCUAAAUAAUGAAGACAAAAUGUAAAAAAUAGAUUCUGUUUUUAGGAGAAGUGUUUGGUAAUCCAGCGGAGGUGAAGGACAGACAUUUUGGUAGUAGCCUCAGUUUUAUUUUACCCCGAAAAAUUACGUCGACUGACGGUUGCGUGGAGAUGUUGUUACGAGCCCAAAUGGCAGGGAUCGAGUUCUAUGAUGCCGUUUUGAAUAAUGAAUUACAAUUAUUGAAACGUUUAGUCACCCAACAUAAGCUUGAUUUGAAUGCUAAAUUUGUGGAAGUGAGGAAAAAGAACCAUUCUGAUUUGUGUCCGAUCCAUUUAGCUUCUUACAGAGGGUACACCUACAUGCUACAGUACCUUAUAGAGUCCAAAUGUGAUGUUAAUAGAACCACUACCACUUUGAGAAGGACAGCAUUACAUUUCUCUGUCUUGAGACAUAAGAUAGCUUGUAUGUUGUUGCUAAUUGCUGCGGGGGCUAAACUAGAUGCGAAAGAUACAUUUGGCAACUCUCCGUGCCAUUAUGCUGCUGAUGAUGGUUAUUGUCAAAUUCUAGACGUGUUGAUAAGAAGAGGGGUGAACGUUAACUCAAAAGACAUCACAUCUAAAACUCCCCUCAUGAAAGCUGUCCGUAACAACAAAACCGACGCAGUACUCCGAUUACUUCGAGCAAAUUCUGAUCUUAACAUAACAGAUCGUAAUAGUGAUAUGGCAUUACAUUAUGCCGCUAGAAAUGGUUGUGUAGACAUUAUAGACAUCUUACUCUCGGCAGGUAGUUUGAUUGACGUUCAGAAUUAUUGGGGCAGGACUCCAUUAAUGGAAGCC